AUGGAUCAACUUAUGGAUACAAAUAACAUUCAAGAAGAAAAUAAUGAACCAUUAUCAAUUGAACAAGAGUACGAUUUGUGGAAAUCUAAUGUCCCAUUAAUGUACGAUUUUGUGAGCGAAACAAAAUUAACAUGGCCAUCCUUAACAAUUCAAUGGUUACCAGAUAAUGGAUCAACUUCACCACAAAAACAAGAUUUACUUUUAGGGACUCACACUUCUGGUGAAGAAGAUAACUAUUUGAAAAUUGCAUCUGUAGAAUUACCAAAAGAAAUUGCGUUAAGUUCAGUAGAGGAUGAUGAACAUAACGAAUUAUCUACAGAAAAUGUAAAAUCAAACAUUAGAAUAACUAAAAAAUUUAAACACGAUUUAGAGAUCACUAGAGCUCGUUAUAUGCCACAACAAAAUAACAUCGUUGCUACUAUUAAUGGUGAAGGUACCCUUUAUAUCUACGAUACAAACCAAUCUUCAAAACAAACACCUACAAGACUGUCAUAUCAUAAGGAAAAUGGGUACGGUCUUUCAUUUAAUCCUAAUGAUAAGGGAAAACUUUUGAGUGGUUCAGAUGAUCACUCAAUAGCAUUAUGGGAUGUAUCAAUGUCUACCGAACCUGUUUUAUCUUGGGAGAAUGCUCAUAACGAUAUUAUUAACGAUUGUAAGUGGCACAAUUUUGAACCAAGUAUCUUUGGUAGUGUAUCAGAAGAUAGUACUUUACAAAUUCAAGAUCUCAGAAUACUUGAAGGUUCAAGUAACGAUAACAAUGAUUCAAUUGUUAUGAAAUUAAAGGCUCCACAACCUUUUAAUACCAUUGCAUUCUCAAAAUAUUCUUCAAAUCUAUUUGCUGCAGCAGGGACAGAUUCUAAUAUCUAUCUUUAUGAUAUGAGGGAUACUUCUGUACCUUUACAUACAAUGUGUGCCCACACAGACGCUGUUACAAGUUUAGACUUCUAUGGCCAACAGGAUGGUAUAAUUGUUUCUGCUGGUGCAGAUAGAAGAGUCAUCGUAUGGGAUAUAAUGGAAAUUGGUAACGAACAAGUUCGUGAUGAUGCAGAGGAUGCUAUGCCAGAAGUGCUGAUGAUUCAUGCAGGUCACAAAAGUGCCAUCAACGACAUAUCAAUAAACGACAAUAUCCCAUGGUUAAUGGCUUCUGCUGAAGAAGAGAAUACCGUCCAGAUUUGGAAAUGUUCAAGCAAAUUGCAAAGAAUUGGUGAUAUUCCAGAACCCAACAUUGAUAUGCUACAGUAA